GGAAGAGGCGCGACGAUGGUGGCGUCAGCGUCGGCGUCGUCGGUGGCACCGGCGGCGGCGGCGGCAGCGGUGGCGCUGGCAGUGAUAACCGCGGCGGCCGACAGACUACGAUGCGCCCGGCUCCCGGCCGCAGGCAACAAGUGCCCCGUCAAGUCCGACCCUGAAUCCAGAUCACACGCGUAUUGCUGUUGCUGCAGAUUUGACGCCAACGUGAACACAAUAAUACUUAGAAAAAUGAGCGUCGACUGUGUUUACACCAGUGCAGUGACGUUAUUGCUGUGUUGUUCUGCCGUACUUGGGCGGCCGUCGUCCAAUGGCGGAGCGGACGGUGGCGGCGGUGGCGGGAGUGCAGGUGGUGCCGGCGCUGCCGGAGGUGGUGGCGCGGGCGGCGGCGGCGGUGGUGGGUCAGCCGUCGACGACACCGACGAGAGCCCGGUGGUGGUAACCAGCACCGGCCUGGUGCAGGGGUACACGAAAAUCAUUGCGAACCGCGAGGUGCGGGUGUACACGGGCAUACCGUUCGCCAAGCCCCCGGUGGGUCAUCUCAGGUUCCGGCGCCCGGUGCCCGUCGAUCCCUGGCCAGGCGUGCUGAACGCCACCAGGUUGCCGAAUACGUGCUACCAAGAGCGGUACGAGUACUUUCCCGGGUUCGUUGGCGAGGAGAUGUGGAACCCGAACACCAAGCUCUCCGAGGACUGCUUGUACUUGAAUAUUUGGAUACCAAGGAAACAACGCACCAGGCACCAUUCGAACAACGCGCAUCACGCCAAGAUACCAGUACUAGUUUGGAUAUAUGGUGGAGGUUAUAUGUCUGGUACUUCGACAUUAGAUAUCUAUGACGGCGAUCUACUGGCGGCUACGUUCGACGUAAUGAUUGCCUCCAUGCAGUAUAGGCUCGGGGCAUUUGGUUCGUUGUAUUUAACGCCCGAGCUCCCUGAGGAUAGCGAUGACGCACCUGGCAAUAUGGGAUUAUGGGAUCAAGCGCUGGCUAUCAAAUGGAUCAAAGAAAACGCAGCGGCUUUCGGAGCUGAUCCAGAGACAAUUACGUUAUUUGGCGAAUCAGCAGGCGGUGGAUCAGUAAGCGUGCACUUAAUUUCACCGGAGACAAGAGGCAUGGUUAAGCGUGGGAUUAUACAGUCCGGCACCGUGAACGCACCUUGGAGCUACAUGACUGGUGAACGAGCAGUAGACAUAGCAAAAAAGUUGUUGGAUGAUUGCAAUUGUAAUUCAACGUCAUUGGAUAGCAACCCGAUCGGUACUAUGUCAUGCAUGCGAUCUGUUGACGCAAGUACCAUAUCUAAAAAGCAAUGGAACAGCUAUUCCGGUAUUUUGGGUUUCCCGUCUGCGCCCACCGUGGACGGAAUUUUCCUUCCAGAGCAUCCACUAGACAUGUUGGCUAAGGCGAACUUUUCGGACAUCGAUAUACUCAUAGGAAGCAAUCUAAAUGAAGGAACAUAUUUUUUGCUGUACGAUUUUGUCGAUUUCUUCGACCGGACGUCCGCCACCGCUUUGCCCAGAGAAAAAUUUGUGCAAAUAGUCAACGUAAUAUUCAAAGAUAGAACACAGCUGGAAAGAGAUGCCAUUAUAUAUCAGUAUUCGGGAUGGGAAAAAAAAGAAGUGGAUGACAUAUAUUCGAACCAAAAACAAUUAAGCGAUGUGGUUGCAGAUUAUUUUUUUGUUUGUCCAACCAACUUAUUUGCCAACAUCGUGUCAAGUCGUGGAGCUCGAGUGUACUACUAUUUCUUCACUCAUAGGACAGACUCACACUUGUGGGGUGAUUGGAUGGGCGUGUUGCACGGUGACGAGAUGCAAUACGUGUUCGGCCAUCCGUUGAAUAUGUCGAUGCCAUAUAACGCCAGGGAAAGAGACUUAAGCAUACGCAUCAUGGAGGCAUUCACCAGAUUUUCGUUGACCGGAACACCUGUAUCAGAUGACAUAGACUGGCCACUUUACAACGAAUCAAAGCCGAUUUAUCAUGUAUGGAAUGCUGCUGAAAUGCACGUAGGUUACGGACCUAGAGCAGCUGAAUGCCAGUUUUGGAACGGAUUUUUCCCGAAAAUUGCCCAAGCCUUAAAGGAAACUAGUAAAACUACUUGUGAAGAUUAUCCGGACUCCAUGCCUACCACCAACGAAAAUUGUACGUUCACAUCAUCGUUUGCUACUAUCAAUCCUCAAAUCUCCUUCACCAUAAUAUUUAUCUUGGUUCUACCGGCACAUGGACUGUUCUAAAGAGAAACAACAACUUAUACAUAUCAAAGCAAAACAAAAACACAAAAAAAAAUAAAUAAAUAAAAAUAAAACGAGAAGUUUAAUAACAUUAACAGCCAAUAAGCGUGCUCGUGACUCGGGGCGUCGACACCGGCACGAUGUAUGCUGCAAAUCAAAAUUUACAUAUCAGAAACGCGCAUAUCAUUAAAUACAUAGACAAAUCUAAAUGGAAUCUGAAACGUGAUACAAGUGUUAGGAUCAACAAGAGUUGUCGAGUGUUAAUUAGAAUAUAUAAUAAUAAUAAUAUAAAUAAUAAUAAUAAUAAUGUUAAAAAUAAUAUAAUAAUCAUUAUAAUCAUAAAAAUACUAAAAAUAACGAUAUAAAACGCUUGUUGUCCGUUUCAAAUAAAUGCGCAAAAGACACUGUUUUCUUAACUGGAAAACCCAAGUAUAUGACCGUAUAUUAUAUUAAUAUAUAUAUAUAUAUAUAUGAUAUAAAAUUAUAAUAUAGGUAUAUAUAGUGUCUUCUAGUAAAAUUGUCCGUAUAAAUGUAUAAUAUCAUAUAGGUAGUAGUAGUAUAAUAAUGUAUUGCAGCACGUUCUUUAAACUCAAGUCCAUUUCGUCCAAUUACACUGGGAUCACAAUAUCAACAUGCAGACAAUCUUAGCUCUUUAAUAUUGAUAAUUAUAUCAUCUAUAAGAAAACUUUUUAAUAUAGCUCAAUUACAUUAAUUUAUAUGUACGUGUAAAACGGCUUGAGAAAAUGAAUCUUUUUGUACAAUCUAGAUAUAGUAUUAUAAUAUCGUAUCUUUUAACGGAUCUAAAGAUAGAUUAUUUAUGAUGAUUGUUUUUUUCAUAUUUUUAUACCUAAGAAAAAAGAAAAUGAGAGAAAAUCAAGAACUUUUUUGAAAUGCUGUAAUAACAAUCGAAAUUUAACAUUAUCGUUUUAUUUAUCAAAAUCAUAAUAAUAUAAUAAUAAAUCAAAAACUGUUGCCAAACGAGUACAAAACCAAUGGGUCGACAUUGAACGGCUUUGCGAAUAUAUGUUGUAAAUCAGUUUUUAAUUGAUCAGACGAUAUUAGGUAUGAGCUAUAGAAAUUUCAUUUUUAACGAUAUCGGCGUGAUUCAUUGAACGUAAAAACUUCUUAUUUCAGAAAACACUUAAAUUUUUGAAAAUAUAUAUUUGAGUAACUGAUUCAUUGCAAAACAACAUUUUUUUUAAAAGAAAAUUAUAUUUUUUACUAUUUUUUAUUCGUUAUAAUUUUUAAGUUUUUUUACUUUUUUAAACGACAACUAACAUUUUUAUUUUUAUUUUUAUAUUCUAAGACAGAAUAUUAUUUGAAGUGUUUCUAUAGUCAAAUAAGUAGCUUAUUAGCUAUAAAUAUUGAAAAUUUAGUUGAGCAGAGCAAUGGACCAACAUUUUGCGAUGUACCAUUGUACAAUUCCACUCCAGACAUCAAAACUUUAAAUACUUAUAACUCGUCUAAAAUUUGAUUUUUAUGUAUAGAAGUACUCCAAAAAUAUUCUACCAUGGGAUAAGAAUUAAAAAUGUAUGUUUUCAUUAAAAAAAUUAAAAAUUAAAACGAUGAAAAAUAAUACAAAAUAUACAUUUUUUUUAAAAAAAAUGUUGUUUUUUAAUGACUUAAAAUAAAGCAACAAAAUGUAUUUAAAAACAUUAAUAGUUUUUGAAAUAAUGAAUGUUAUACGUUGAAUGAAUCACUCGGUAUGAAUAUAUAAAUAUUAUUUAUACUAUAAACUAUUUUAAUACUUGUUGGGAGAACGGCUCGUCUGUUUUAUUUAUAAUAAGUAAAUAUAUUAUUUUUUUCUUUUGUAGACAAUUAAGAUUUCAUCAUCAUUGGUCAUUGUUAUAACGAAAAAUAAAUAAGCUUUCAGCUUUGUUCUUUGUAAUAUUAUCAUAAACAUAUCACAUUUAAUAAUUUAAUAAUUCAGCAGUAUACAAGCAGUUUCCAUACAAUGUUUACUAAUUCGAUAAGAGGAGCAAUUGUUUUAUCGUUACUAUAUAAUUCCAACAAAAUCAUAUUUUUUUUUUAUGCCCAUCAAUACUUAUUUAAUAACUGUGUAUUCUUGUCAAAGAAGGUCCCAAACUGGAUGAAUACUUGUAUCAUAAGUUGUAUGCAAUUAAUAAUUAUGUUCUUAGUGAUUCUAAAAGUAACAUACUAUUGGUCAGUCGUCGUAUGCUUAAAAAUAUAUUAUAAUUAAAUAAUAGGUGUAAUGCUCCUCUUUUCACGCUAAUAGAUACUAACUUAAUCAUAUCAUAAUCACUGAGAUAAAAUUUUGUCGCAGAACUAUUUUAGUAUAUUCAUUUUUGCUCAUGCAACAUAUUAUACUGUCGUUGGCUAAACAAAACACGUAUUAAACAUAAAAUAUAUUUUUAAAGAACGCGCAUUAUAUUUAAAAUUAAAAAAAAACUAUAUUGUUAAGAUUAAAAAAAUUUAAAAACUUAUGGUUACCUAUCUAGAAAAUAAGUUGAAUGUUUAGCUUUAAGAGAUAGAUUUAAGUAAAGUUAUAUAAUGAUGCCUAAAAUAUUUAUUUAUAAACAAUAUUGCUAAAGUAUUGCUGCGCUCUAAAUGGCCUACUGUAAUUUUACAAAAGAAAAUAUUUAUAUCUGCCUGUCAAUUCCGUUACAUAUUAGCGUUUACAUAAAUAUAUAUUUAUAUUUAUAUACUUUUUUUUAUAUAUAGUGGACGGGCUAAUUUUAUAAAUAUUGAUUUUCUUAUGCAGACUGCACACCCACUUAGGCACUAUCUUGUAGCCGAUAGUUAAGGCAAAACAAAUCGUACGUGUAUUUUAUGUCAAUUAACCAGACUGCGAUUUUAGACGAAUAAUAUAUUUAAAAAAAAUCCAAAAAAAAUCUAUAAUAUUAAUUAUAAAAUUAUAAUAAUAACGACAUAUCAAUAAAAUUAUGAUAUAAUUUAAACGCUUAGAAAAUAGAAUGAUUAUUUUCGUUUUGCCACCUUCCGUUAACUACAUUGUAAUGUCGCUCUAACGAAUAUUAUAUUUAAUGAAGAUAAAAACAUUAAAAACAUCACGGUGUUUGAAAUCCUAUUAUUAAGGUUAUUAUAUCUUAAUAAAUAUAAUAUGAAUAGGAUCAUUACAUAUUGUAUUGUAAUAAACCUUGUAACGUCACGUCGUAUUAAACUUAGACCUAUUUUUGUACACAAUAUUAUAUAAAUAUUAAAUUUAUUUAUGUAGUUGAUACCUGUAUAAGAUUUAGUUAUUAAAACUAUGGCCGACUUCAUUAUACAUGAAAUAGAUAAUAAUAAUUUAAUACUGUACGUCUGUACGCGAAGACAUGCCAUAAUUAUAUUUGGUUAUUGACUUUACGUUGUAUAAAUUGCGUAUUUUCAAUAUUCUUCUUAGUAUUAAUAUUAUUGUUAAAAAAAAGUGUUUAAAAUAAUUAGCAAGGCGCAAACACAAUAAUAACUAGAAUAAAAUAUUAUGUCCGUACCUUAACUUUAUCGUAUUACAUAUCAUAUACGUAUAUAUAUUAUAAUAAUCGUAACAUAUCAAAAACUAUAACGCAUGCAUAUCGUUAAUUUGUAGAAUUAUUGGUAUUAAUAUUAUUGUUAUGUUUUGUCUAACAGUUUUCGUCCGACAAACGCGUACCUUCCGUGUAGAUGCAGAUAUAUUGUAUUAAAAUAAUAUAUUAAACGCGCGUGUGCUAACCACAGCUAUACAAUUUGAUACACAAACGGUCAACUCUUGGUAACUCGGACAAGUCGAACAAGGGAACCGAACGAAUUUAAAUUAUUUGAAUUCAAUCGAGGAUUUCGAAAUGGGUAUAUAGCAUGGCGUGAGUGGCGUGACUCAUCGAUUCCACCAAUAUGGCCGUAAAGAUAGCUCUAAAUUCUAAAAUAACCCAUCGAUUCGACCGGCUACCAGUUUAGAGUUUUAGAAAUAUCUUAUUAAUAAACUACAAAAUAAUAAAUGGGGUAGGAUACCAACAUACUGAUCAUUUAAUUAAAAUAGUAAUAUAAUAAUGAAUAUAAUAUUUUAAAAUAUAAAUAAUAUAAUGCAACAUAAUAUCACAAUAAUUAUGAUAUUUUUGAAUAAUUUUCAGUUUUAAGUAAUGUAUAAUUUAUCUAUAGUGUCUCAAUUAAAUGGAUCAACAAUUCAAUCUAAAAAUAAAUAAAAGUACGAAUUUUAAUUUUUUUCAGGACGAAGUUAAAUUUCCCCAUACUUUUUUGGUAUUAACUAUUUGAAAAUUCAAAUAGACAUAACUCAACAAUUUAGGUUGUUUUAAAACUAUAUCGUACUGGCGGAAUCGAUCCUACCUCUUCCCAUUGUAAAAAAAAAACUCUAGAGAUCGAUAAAAUUCCUUCAGGCACAACAUCAACAGCACGUGAAACGUACGUAUAGGCACCUAUUAUUAUAUCACUAUCAUAACAGUUAUUGAAGGUGAAUUUAAUAUGUAUACCUAUAUAUUAUGUCUCUACGCAAAAAAUUUCGUACCAUUGAAGUUUGAGUUACCCAGAGUCGACUGCAGCGUAUUAUUAUACAUUAUUACCCACCUACGUGUAUGUGUACGUGUAUUAAUUAAAUGUGUCAAUCUAUAAUAAAUCUAUAAUAAAUGUGUAUGUAUAUUGUAUGUGUAUCAAUAAAACUACAUAAGAAAAAAAAAUUAUACAUGAAUAUAUAAUUUAUGUUAAA